UCCAGUUUUACAAUGUCAUCAGUGGAAUAUAUCACCCACAAAGGAAUCUUAUUCCCACAGUGGGAUUUUUCAUCGGAAUCUCUCAAUCGACUGGAAAACGAAUUCCAAGUCCUAGAUGAUGAUGUCUUUAAUGUCACUUUCCCCAAAUCAGGCACCAAUUGGAUGUCAGAGAUCUUGGGCUUGAUCUCACAGAAUGGGGACCCCACGUGGACACACAGUACACUAGUGUGGGAGCGAUCUCCUUGGAUUGAGACUAAUGGUGGCCUGCAGACGGCCUUGAAAAAUCCUCCACCCCGGUUCUUGACUACUCAUGUUCCAAUUCAGCUUUUCCCGAAGUCCUUUCUGCAAACCAAAGCCAAAGUUAUCUACACCUUGCGUAAUCCCAAGGAUGUGCUGGUCUCAUCUUACCAUUUCUGCAUGAUCUUUAAAACACUUAAAGAUCCUGGGAGCCUGGAAGAAUACCUGGAGAAGUUCCUGAGUGGGAAUGUGAUCUGUGGUUCCUGGUUUGACCAUGUGAAGGGCUGGAUGGGGUUGAAAGGAAGCCCUAACUUUUUCUACAUCACUUAUGAAGAACUGCAGCAGGACCUGCGAGGCUGUGUGGAGAAGAUCUGCCACUUCCUUGGGAAGAAGCUCAGUAGCCAGCAAAUUGACUCUGUGGUGGAAUAUGCCACUUUCCAGAAGAUGAAGGAGAACAAGAUGUCCAAUUACUCCUUGAUGCCUGAUCAUUUGAUGGACCACCAGAAAGGGAAGCUGAUGAGGAAAGGGAUCUCCGGGGACUGGAAGAACCACCUGACAGUGGCACAGAACGAACACUUUGACCGUGUUUAUCGGGAGAACAUGCGGGGCAUGAAUACUACCUUCCCGUGGGACUGA